UCACGGUGCAUAAACCCUCACAGCACAUAGAGCUCCGCUUAGCUCCUCGCCAUUCCGGCUGCCAUUGUCCAGACUUCCGACCGAUCAUGGCCAACUGGUGGCGCUCCGCCAGAACGAACCUCAGGUUGGCGGCAUUUUCAGGAACUAAAUCGGAAUCGUUUCCAUUUUCAUCAUUUCGAGCUGCUUACCAUACGAUCCAAGCAAUUCCUAGAGAGUGCAGCGGCCGCAAAAUUUCGAGCAAAGAUAGAGCUCAAGGAAGAAUACCCGCUGUCGUUUUCAGUCAACAAAUCCUUGAGAAAAACUCAGUCCACGGAUCGCCGUCGCGAAAGCAUCUGCUCACUACAGAGCGAAAGCAAAUCCACUCCAUUCUCAAAUCCGUUGAGCUUCCUUUCUUUUGCUCCACUAGGUUCAAACUUCAGAUUCGUGCUGGUUCCGGGUCUUCCGUACUUCUUGAAUCAGGAUCCAUCCUUCCAAUUAAAAUUCAUAGGAAUGAAGAGACAGGGAAGAUCUUCAAUAUUGUGUUUGUAUGGGCUGAUGAAGGCUCGGAGUUGAAGGUAGAUGUGCCAAUUGUUUUUAAAGGCGAAGAGGCUUGCCCUGGUCUUCAGAAAGGAGGUCAACUGAACAAGAUAAGAACUAGCCUGAAAUAUCUUUGCCCGGCCGAACACAUUCCCUCAAAGAUUGAGGUGGAUGUAAGUAAUCUGGACAUUGGGGAUAGAAUUUUCAUUCGCGAUGUAGACGUCCAUUCUUCUAUGAAGCUACUUAGCAAGAACGAAGUAAUGCCUAUAUGUAAAAUAGUCACAAUCAAGUCUGAAACUGCAAACACAGAAACUUCAGCAACUUCAGAAACAUCAGAAACUUCAUGACGGCAGAUUCGUUGGAAACAUAUUUGUGUUUAGAAGCUUUUGGUCUACUAAACAACUGAUGAUUGAAGAGACCAAAGACUAACAUCUACUUGGCAUCAAGUUCGUCCUCUAUUUGGAAGAUGUUAUGUGUUUAAGAUCUAAAUUUGUCAUGUUCUUUGUAUAAAUUUGGAACUGUUUUUCUCUAUUUCGAUUCCUACCGACUUUUGAUGCACUAGCUGAGAAUUUUGAUAAAGCUCAGGUUCACAUGAGAUCUCUUUCUUGCUGGAUUAAAAGUAUCGACAGAAGAUAAAUGCUUUUUUAAAAGAGAUUAUUGCCUCAAUCAUUAUUGUUGGAAGAAUAAAGAACAAUGAUGCCCCAGAGUAUAUUUUAGUUCAA